AUGUCGGGAACUUUUCCGCAAAAUGGGAGUAGUAUUCCAGCAAUAACUGGCGAGAUAGACCACAAGCAUGCCAUCCACGUGUUCCCCGAGCGAUUACAACCGUUGCGCUCAAGCAUCAUCGCAUACGCUGCGUCGCUAGCAUCAACGUUGGUAGGUUAUCCAAUGGAUACAGUGAAAGUUCAUACAGCUAAAUCGUUAGCUCAGAAGAACAUGAUUACUUCUAUGUUGAGAAAACAGCUUGGGUUGGACAAAGACUUGAUCCAUAUAGCGAAAACAGGAUUGUCACAGAGAAAGUCUUAUCGAGGUUUGGGAAUAGCCAUUGCAAGGUCCUUUAUAACAAACAUGGUCUUUUUUGGAGUAUUUGAAUUGAGCAUGAUGCAUUUCAUAUAA